AUGCCGACUCUUCUUCACGUGCUCACGAGGUCGAACGUCAAUGUCGACAACAGCCUCGUCCCCAGAGGUGGAAAUUCGACUGUCGACACGGAUGUUCAGGCGCCUGAGUCCUGGCGGCCGUGGCAAGGAUUCGAUUAUGCCACCUUGACGACAAUUUUCCGGCGUGAGCUCGACAAGGAGUAUGUGGGUGCAGCAAAGCCUGAGCCGCUGCCACAGGACCUGUGUCUUUUCAACGAGGAGACUCUCGAUGAUGUUUUGAGGAGGCGGGACGGGGUGCCGCAUUUUGGCCGAGGGAGCCGGUGCGGAACGACUUACAAGCCGGACUGGUCUGUCAUCUCCCCUCUUCGUCUGAGCCAGAACCAAUCCUUUGUCAACGUCCUUCCUGGAGACACCAAGCUCAGCAAGAAAUGGUGGCCUACAAUGGGAAGAGAGGGCGGCACCCGUUGGGCUGAGUGGCAGAAGGUCAUCACCCAGAUCGUCACCUACAUGGCUGACAACAACUCCCGAUAUGGCUUUAUACUAUCAGACGAGUGCCUUGUUGCCCUCAGGCUCACUCGUAAGCGUUCCCCUGAUACGUUGUUUACCGGGCGUGCCCCUCGGGCGACUGCCGGCCACGUCAGGUAUGCAUCUGACGCCUCGAUGGAGGACGGUUCUGUAUAUGAGGAUACCAACCCACUCCACUGGCAUUACGAAGACCCGGAGUACGUCACCGUUCCAUGGGGGGCACAUGGAUCGAAUCGGCUUACAACCAAGUUGACGCUCUGGUUCCUGGCUGUGAUGGCUACCAACGGCGACAAAUUCCUCGACUAUUCAUAUCCAGACCUGGAUAGCUGGCGCAGCACCGAAGACGGCUACUACAUCCAUAAUACGUCAGGCGCGAAGAAAUCCAGACUUUCCAGGGGAGAGCAGAUCCAGGAGCCCGAUCUUGGACAAGUGACGCAGAACUGGGACGGUACCGGCGAGAACGAAGAAGAGUGGCAUCGUGACGAGCCCUCCUUCAGCCAAAUAAGCGAUGACUUUGGCGGGGGCCAGCUUGGCAACUAUGGUGACGAGGAAGAGGAAGAAGAAGGGGCAGAGGCCAGUGGUGGUGAAGAUGACGACGACGAAGCCGAAGAUGACGAAGAUGGCGAGGAAGAAGAGGAAGGAGACUCCUCUCGCCCCCAAAAGAAGUCCAUUGAGGUGAAAAUCCAGAAGUCGAGAUCCGGCAAGGGUCUCUACUUCUUGGAUGCGAAGAAUCGCAAGAAGAAGACUACGAAGAAGGAGUGGACAAAGAUCGAAGGUGGCUAUAUGCUUCCAGGGAAGAAACACGUUUACUUCGCAAAGAAGUUUCCCUAG